UUUCAAGCUCAUACCGUAAAGAUGAUCUGGAUGGGAUCUCUAAUUGCUCUUGUUUUUGUAUCCUUCCUCAUAUUCGAUAUCUACAGAGUGGAAUAUGUCUGCCCUUGCCAGAUCACACAGGCUGAAGCACGGACCGAUCGUCUUUUUGCCCACAUUGUUAAGAAUCGCUACGAGCUCUUGCUUACGGAUCGAUUGGAACCAAAUCAGCAAAUAAGUUUGCUGUGUGAUGGCAAUGCCCAGGUGUUCACCUCCACCUGCCAGAAAGAUGGUCACUUCUCUCCAGCGUUGCCCAAGACGAACUGCUUAAAGGCAAUCCCGCCGUCAGUGGUUGCAACUGUGGAUAAUACCUGCCCACACACCAUGUAUUUGGUUGGUUUCUGGUACGGCGAUACGUUCAUGGAGCUUUAUCGCAGCUGCUACGACGCGAGAACCACGAAGUCACAUUUCUCCAUCAGCAUGGUCUACCCCACCUAUUUGAAUUCAGAAAGGCCACCGACGGCAUUCGACAAGGAUGGUAUCAUAACUCCUGCAGAUGAGGCUACCUUUCAGCUGAAUAGUAUCUACAAUCGUUUUGAGUAUCUUUUUGGAUCUGGACAACCAUAUGUGCGCUCUUCCAGAAGUCUCUCCUUCGACCGGGGUCACCUUACCCCUGUGGCCGACUAUAGCUUCCCAAAACUUCUGAGACAAACGAACAAGUAUUUGAAUGUCGUUCCUCAGCACUACACAAUUAAUCGCAGCAAUUGGAAGAUUGUGGAAAAUUGGGUUCGAGCACAAAAGGAUAUCCUGAGAGUCUGCACCGGGGCAUUGGGUCUUCUUGAGUUGUGGGACGGAAACCAAUUAGUUUCCAUCUACCUGGCACCAAACAGGAAUCCCGUUCCCAGGUGGACAUACAAAAUCAUUAGCAGUAUAAGCACCGGGAUAAAGUACGCGAUCUUGACCUCCAACAAUGGGUGGGAAACCCAAAAACCAAACCCAUCAUCAGUCUGUAAAGUUACUCCCUGCCCCACAACUUUGAAUCCAACCGGAACCGGAUACACCUUUUGCUGCGAUCCAAUUGACUUUAUAAGAAGAAACGUUCCUAAUUUGGCAGGUGUUUGCUAGGAUUAUAAGUUUAUAUAUAACUUUUUAUUAAAAUUAAAACGGAUUUUGGAAAAACAA